CCAUCUCAUACCAUUUCAUGUGAGGCCACCACCUGUUCCCUAAAGGACAUGUGAGAGCUUCCCUCUUAGACGGCUCCAAGACCCACCUCCCUCCAGUCUCCCAUUCUUGGAAGUGGCCACCACUUUGGGAAAUCCCACCACUGCCACUAUCUCCUCACCUAACUGGAAGGACGGAGUGGAGUUCUCCGUUUGGAGGGCAGAAAAGAGAAGAGAAAUUAAGGCACGGGGGAACUUGAGGAAGGGAGGGGCAAAGGGACACCUGGUUGGAGCUUUCUGAAAAUGCCUGAUCAGGACAUUGAUGACUAUGAGGUGGACAAUCUCUCUGACACUUCACACAUGAUCCAAAGUCUCCCCCCUUAUAACAUGGAGGACCAGCUUCUGCCCAUGGAGCGCCGUAGCACCUGUGGCUGUUGGGUAUGGACUUGCCUGGUGGGGGCAAUGAACUCCUUUGCUUUUCUCCUGAACCUCCUUCUGAUGGCUGCCAUCUUUUCAGUGGUCCUUUUGCCCGCCAUAGUCGUGGUCUAUUUUGGAUUCCAGUGUCACUCCCGGGUGCUCCACUCCACUGCCUACUACUGCCAAACCAUCCUGGAUGACAACAGCUCUUCGGCCUUGAUCAUCCUCGGCUUCGUCAUCAUGUCCCCCCUCAUUGUGGUGGCCAUGGCCCUCUACUGCAGCCUGGCGCGCCGUCUGCACCUCUUCCUGUGCUUCCAGCCGUGCGCCCGGGCAGUGUACAAAGGCGUAAAGUGGCGGUGGUACGAAGAAGGGGGGCUGUGCGGGUGCGUGAAGGAGUGGAAUCGCCAAGUCAAGGCUUGGGUCUAAGCUGAUCUUCCCAGCCUCCAAGCAGUUUUGUUAUUUUCAGUGGGGAUGCCAAGGAAGAGCAGUGACAGCAACCUUGCCGCCACGUUUUCUGCAAUCUCUUUUUGCUAAGGAGCAGCCAGGCUAAAGGCUUCCCUGGAUUUCAAGGCAGCCUUGGGUUAGCUGCUUAUGUAUAAUCCCACAGGGGUGUUCCUAUAUUUGUUGUGAGCUGCACAAGGGGUGGGGCUGAAGCAGUGGUGGGUGGGGCCAGAGCCUAAAUUGGUGGGCACUCCCUUCUGGCAUUCCUUUUCCACCCUAACUGGUUCAUGUAACAACCUCGAUUCUGCAUCCAAAGCUUGGCUCAUAUUACCUUCGAUUUGGGUUUUCUGCAGCUUCACGUACUGCGUGACCCCAGCCCUUUUGGCGAGUUUAUGGUUCAGCACAUGGCAAGAACCCAGGAAAUGG